AUGACUGCUUCCGGCGCGUGGAAACAGCAACGGAGCAACAUGGCGGAGCGGAGCGCGGCUUCCGGCCGCUCGGACCGCGACAACUUCGGCUACGGUCGGCAGCUGAUGCCCAGGGUGAUGUACGGCUUCCCGGACAAGGAGGAGAAGGGAGCUGCCUUCCCAAGGUGGGCAUUUCCCACUCUGUCCACGCCGGUCUUACCUUCCCAAGAUGGACGCUGGUCAGGCAUGGCGCACGCGCUCCCUGUCUCCUCUUACCGCGAUGGCCGCAGCAGGGAGGAACGCAUUGCCGCUGCCCUUAACAAGAUGGCCGCCGCAGGGGCGAAGCAUCGCCGCCGCCCUUACCAAUAUGACCGCCGCACCCGACAGAGACAGCGGAGGAACCGACGUGGGAGCGGAUCGAUUUCCGGUGGCGGACCGAUCGGGGAACUGGGCAGCGUGGUGGAGGAGAACGAUACUCCUCACCACUCAGUCCGUGGCGUCCUUGUCUACUGUCAGCAGCUGAUGCCCACGCUGAUGAACGGCUUUCCGGACAAGGAGGAAAAGAGGCUGUUCCUCUCCAACGUGCUGACAGAGAUCAAGGGCAGGGAGGUGCGGGUCUGCACCAACCCCGACGGCAGCAUCUUCCUGGUGCGGCUGGUGGACCAGUGCGACGUUCCUGCCCUGCGACGCUUCCUCGCCGCCCUCCAGCCCCACCUGUGGCUCGUGGCCAGCCACCGGUGUGGGGCCCGCGUGAUGCAGGCGGCCCUCCUGCAGGUGACCCAGCUCGCCAGCAACCUGCAGGAGCAGGGCGAGGAGGAGGAGGAGGAGGAGGAGGACGAUGACGACGCAGAGGGCGAGGAGGAAGAAGGGGGCGAGGGCAGAACCCUGGAGGGGCAGGUCCGGCAGCUGAGCAGUUGUGUGCGCAGCGACCUCCUGAAAUACGUGAGGGACGCGCAGGGCAAUCUCUUCGUGCGGGAUCUCUUGCAGGUGCUGGGGGGAGUGGUGCCCUGUGCCAGCAAACUGCGGAGGAGUACCCACAAGGACACACCCAAGGGCUUUGACCUCGACAGAGGGUUGGACCUCCGUGCCGGACAGGUGAAGGAGUUCAGCGUCCCGGAAGGGUUCCUGGACGAGCUGCGUGACUACGCCCAGCUGCUGGCAGACAACAUGACAGAGUUCCUGACCAACCCCACGGCCAGCGCGGUGCUGCAGGUGGCGGCCCGCGUCCUGGGGCGGAGGCUGCCGGACGUGGCUCAGGAGCUGUGUUCAGCCAUUCUCAAGUCCCUCGGGGAGCCAAGCCAGGAUGGGCAGAACAGCUCGCUCCUGGAAUUCAUGAAGGACAGGACGGGCAGUCGGCUGCUGGAGGCGGUGGUGCUAGUGAUGGACGCCAAGCUCUUCACCGAAUUCUACACCUCGAACCUGAAGGGCAGACUGGAGGAGCUGGCCCUCCACCCCAUGGCCAACUUUGCUGUGCAGCGAGCUCUGGCAGUGGCCCCCACCUCUCUGUUUUCGGAGAUAUGUGGGGAGCUGCUGCCCAGUGUGGAGGAUGUCCUGGCCGAGGGUCACCUGGGUGUGGUCGUGGAGAUGGUGUCGGGCUGCGUCCGGCACAGCAGCGGCCAGGCAGAGAUGAUGAACCACCUCUUGGAGGCGUUCCACUGUGACAAACCCGUCUCACGCAAGCGAUCCUGCUUCCUGCUUCUGGUCUCCCUCCAGACCUACCAGGUGUUCUUCCAGCUGCCGGAGCAGGACUCCAAGUCCGAGUACGAGCCGUCUGGUGUUGCCCGACUCAAGCUGGUGAACUACCAUGGCACCCUCCUGGCGCAGCACCUGCUGAAUUUCGAGAAGCCCAUCACCUUAGUGCGCAGCAUGGCAGAAAGCCCGGUGGAUGACCUCCUCGUCCUGGCCUGUAACCCCGCCGGCAGCCACGUCUUCGACUCCCUCAUCGACAGCACCACCGUGUCCGAAAAGCAGAAGAAAGCCGUGCUCCGCAAGUUUACGGGUCACUUCUUCCAGCUGGCCUGUAGCAAGCAUGGCAGCCGGGUCUUCGACCAGAUCUGGCUCUUUGCACCGCUCGAGAUGCGACGGAGUAUCGCCCAGGAGCUGUCUGAAAAGAGGGAACUGUUGAAGGCCAGCCGCUAUGGACACCGUGCUAUCCGGAAAAUGGACCUGGGGACCUUCCGCAGGAAGCUAGAGGACUGGGAGAGUUUGCAGGAGUCAGAAACCAGGAAGCGCAAGGCGGUCUCCGACAUCCUGGAGACUGAAGCUGGAAUGCCGGAAACGCCGUGAGGCUUCUUUCCCCCAAACCCCCACCCCCUGCUCCGGUCCGUCUCUCCCGGCGUUCCCUCUGGGUGUGACUUAAUCCGGUCGGGGCAGAGGGGGAGGCACCUGCCAAGGGGAAUCUAGUCCGGAAUGGCCGUCGGAAUCCUCUGCCGGCGGUUGGAAUUCCCGGUAUCUGCCAUGACCGGGCCACUCAGACACUUGCAACUUCGGAGCAGGGUGGUGGGGCAGGCGGGGCAGACAGUCUGUCCCCCGUUUCUACCCUGGCCCCCCAUCACUGAGAUCCCCUUCCCUCAAUAACCAGAAAUCUGUUAGUCUGUGAACAGACUAGACUCCGGCGUGGCGUUUGAGUUCGGGGACGGAAUUCCGAAGUUGCACCGUCCUCCGGGUGGAGAACUUCCAUCCUCCUGUACGGCUGAACGUGUACUCCCAGACUGUGCCCCCCUCCCCACCCCUUGUGGCCAUCGGGGUAACAAUCUAAGGUCAAACGCUGGAAGAACUUUGUCAUUUUUGGUCUUCUCGAGCUCACCUGCAUCGAUUGUCCGUAAAGGUUUUAACCAAGAAUGGUUUAAAAGUAAGUUUUUUUUAAAAAAGGAGAACAAUAAACACGCAGGUGCCAGUACUGAGAGUCACCCACUCUCAGGGCUCAGACCGCUUGGUUCGUUAAAGGGUGUGGCAUCCGUGUACUGAAGGUUCUGACGAUAGUGGAAAUCCAGAGCAGCCUGUGAAAUGCUGGAGGAACUCAGCAAGACUGGCAGCAUCUGUGGUGGGGAAUAAACAGUCAAUGUUUCGGGGCAAGACCACCAAGUCCUUUGUGUUAAAAACUUAUUUCAGAAAUUAGAACAUUAGCCAACAAUGUCAACAGAACCACGGCCACUUUUCGAAAACAGAAUCGUGUGAGUAGGAGCGAAGCCCCUGAAGGAGAGAGACUGCAGAUGCCGGGGAGUUGGGGUUAACGCUGCUGGCUUCCUCCGGCUCCCUUGUGUGUUGCUCUGGAUAAAGGUUUUAGCUUUGUUGCCCCGUGCAAACUUGUCACGCAGUCGUUUGUCAGAUGUUGCCCCCCCCACUACCCCGCCACCCUGUCACCCCCCGUGAAGAAACAAACAGAUUUGUUAUUGUGACCGUCCUCGGUGAAACUGGAAGGGCCUGGAAAUCCUCGGCGGGUCAGUCCAUGCCUUUGUGAUGUGGCACAAGCGUCGGUGAUUCAGGACAAGGACCCCCAUCCCUCCUCCCCCCCCCCACCCGUCAGAACUGGGAGGGAGAUGAGAGGUGGGAGGUGGUGGUGGUGUCUCUGAUGGGUGAAAGCGGUAGGGAGUGAGAUGUAAAUAAUAUUCUCUGGUCAAUAAAUGGGGAAAAUAUUCUGGCUCAGCUUCUCUGU